AUGCUUCCUCGCUCCUCUCUUCGGCCUCUCACUGCCCAACCGUCGAAGACUCGGCUUAUUCGUCCGUCUUUGCUAUUCCCGAUCCGUCAAUCUUCUCGCGCAUACGGAGGUUACGGCACUGCCGCAACUGUCAGUCGAAGCACUAUCAACAGGAACCUUAAGAGAAGCACCCUGGAUUCUCAAUCCCCAUCGGCUAUCUCGCUUUCUACUGGGUCUCGUCUCGCGUCGCUCACAAGACACUUCUCAUCCACCUCCCCGGUCACGGAUUCGAGCAACAUGCCUCCUGUACAGACUCAGCAGUACGAUUACAUCGUGCUAGGUGGUGGAAGCGGUGGCAGUGGUAGUGGACGGAGAGCCGCUGGCUGGUAUGGCGCAAAGACGUUGAUUGUGGAAAGUGGACGCUCUGGCGGCACCUGCGUGAACGUUGGCUGUGUUCCCAAGAAGAUGACCUGGAACUUUGCCUCCAUCACUGAAGCCGUUGAGGCGGGUCGCCAUUACGGUUAUGACAUCCCCCAUAACGUCGACGUCAACUACAAUCACUUCAAGAAGCUCCGUGACGCGACUGUCGAGCGCCUGAACGGAAUUUACGAAAGAAACUGGGGUAAGGAAGGUAUUGACCUUGUGCACGGCCGUGCGAGUUUUGUUGAGUCAAAGACCAUUGAGGUUACUUCCAAUGAUGGUACAACGACGCGGUAUACUGCGCCCCAUAUUCUGAUCGCCACUGGUGGCCGACCCAGCAUCCCGGACAUCAAGGGCGCCGAGCACGGUAUCACGAGCGAUGGAUUCUUCGAGAUUGAAGAGCUUCCUCCGAAGGUUGCUGUUGUCGGUGCCGGAUACAUUGCCAUCGAGUUGGCGGGUGUUAUGGGCACCGUUGGUGUUGACACCAACUUGCUUAUUCGCGGCGAGACCUUCCUACGCAAGUUCGACCCGAUGAUUCAGAAGACCAUGACCGAGCGAUAUGAAGCCGCCGGAAUCAAGGUCCACAAGCAUCACCCAGGUAUUAAGGAGGUCCAGCUCCUUCGCGACGGCAAGGGCAAGGACAAGCUUCUUAAGCUGAUCAUGAACGACGGUUCCGAGUUGGAAGUCAAUGAGCUUUUGUGGGCCAUUGGUCGUCUUCCUGAAGUGGAGGACCUGCACCUUGACAUCCCCGGCGUCAAACGUGAUCAGAGGGGACAUAUCGUUGUCGACGAGUACCAAAACAGCAAUGUCGAUGGUAUUUACGCCAUUGGCGAUGUCACUGGACAGGCUGAGCUAACUCCUGUCGCCAUUGCCGCCGGCCGUCAACUCGGCAACCGCCUCUUCGGCGGCGCUGAAUUCAAAACCGCCAAGCUUUCAUACGACAACAUCCCCACUGUCGUCUUCUCCCACCCCGAAGUCGGCACUGUCGGUCUCACCGAGCCCGAAGCCCGCGAGCGCUUCGGUGAUGCCAAUGUCAAGGUCUAUCACACCCGCUUCGCAGCGAUGUACUACGACGUCUUCCCUGCCGAAGAGAAGAAGAAGAACCCCACCGAGUUUAAGCUUGUGGUUGCCGGGCCUGAAGAGAAGGUGGUGGGUUUGCAUAUCCUCGGACUAGGCGUUGGAGAGAUGCUGCAGGGUUUCGGUGUCGCCGUGAAGAUGGGCGCUACGAAGAAGGACUUUGAUAGCUGUGUUGCUAUCCACCCUACAAGUGCAGAGGAGUUGGUUACCCUGCGGUAA